AUGACAUCUCGACCGACUACUGCUCGUCCAAAAACUUCUGCUGGUACACGAUCUACUUCAGCCAGGCUUCAUAAGCCAUCGUCAUCCAUACAUAAUAAUCAAUAUGAUGUUACGGAACGACCAGUUAGCCGUGCGACAAUGCUGCCGGAAUCAACUGUGCCGGUUAUGGUACCACAAACGAUGAGUCGAAUUGGAUCUAAUCCACCACCACGACUGAAUUCAGCUCCGCGUAACGAAAGGGUUCGAGGUCGAAUAGGUACAGGCCAAAGUGCAAAAUUAGUAACAAGUACGAUUCAAACAGCACCACGCGGAACCGCAAUGCGACCUGUGACACAACAAGGCUUAACAGGUGUCAGGACAUCGGGCAGAGUUGGAGCUGGACGUUUCGUGGUCGACAAAAGCUACUACAUGUCAUUAUUUCGAGCACAAAUGAACAAUUUGAUGAAUGAAAUUGACAAACUCCGUGGUGAACUGAACAAAGGUGAACGUGAUCGACAAAAUUUACUGAUUUAUGAAAAAAAGGCCGAAGAGGAAGCGAAUAUAAUAAGAACAUUGCAAGGACGUUUGCUGGAUUGUAAUAAGAUAGUAGAUUUGAUCAAUACAAAUUCGGAAUUACAUGAAGUUGAAGAUGAAUUAGCUAAAUUGCAUGAAGAGCGCAAUGAUGCAGAAAGGAGCUUAGCCGAAUUAGUUGAAGAUCGACGUAUGAAGGAAGAAGAUAUACGCAAGGUUGAAAAUGAAAUCGAAGAACAGAAAGCUCGAAAUAAUGCUAAAUUUUAUUCGAAUCCAGCAAUUUAUGAUGCAUAUGAGAAACUGAAGAAGGAAAAUGAGGAAUUAUUGGAGGAAUAUCAGAUGAAACAGGAAGAAUUGAACGAAUUGAACCAAGAGAAGAAACAAUUUGAUGAGCAUUUGGCAAAAUUUCCUCUCAAACAGCAAGCAAGUAUAUUUUAA